AUGGCUGCAAGAGUGUCGGGGAACUACAAUGUGCCUUAUGACCCUAGGGAGUGGGUGGGAGGGAGUCGACGAACGUCGUUCUCAGAUGGUCGAAAUCCGGGGUCUCAAGCAGAAGAAGGGCUCUCCCAUCCACCUCCGCCAUACUCUGCUGCCACGGCUGCGUCCACAGGCGUUGCUGUUCGUGAGGCCACCAGUGCUGGGUCGACUAUCUCACCUGCAGACUCAACGUUCACAACUACUGGAAAUCAAUCCCAGUUAAACACUCCGACUAGCACUGUAGGAGUGUUGUCGCCCCUUAAUCAAGGAUCUCAUUCUCUAGGUGAUAGCGGCCAGACCAUGACCGACACGAAUGGACCAAAAUAUUUCAGUCCUUCAGGGCGACCUGGUGGUUUCGAUCACCACCCUGGCCGCUUGAGUGUUUCCUCACAACAACAUGGAUCAUCGAGACUCCCCCAGGGGACCACUUUGUCGAUAAACACGGUGGCAGCACAACAGAGUCUGCCUCUCUAUCCACCAAUUGACGCAAAUCUUGGACAACCACCACCACCAGCAUCGAGGAGAGCAGCAUCCGCCGAUGCUUAUGCUUCUCAAACACCAUCCGUUCAGAAUCACGAGGGAUCAUCCUCGAGAUCAUCGUCCAAACAGAGAAGUUGGUUUCCAGGGAUGCCUCUGCCUGGUCCGCCACCAGGUCCACCUCCUGCGGCCUCGAGAUCACAGAGUGCAGGUGGAAGUCGGAGUCUUGCUCAACCACCGGCGACUGGAACCAACAGUCGAUCAAAUCACCGCGUUCCUUUACAAGCGCCUCUUCUCAGUCCCAUGCCCCCUACGCCUGCUAAUUGGAGGGAUGAGUCUACUCAUCGAUCUAGCUCCCGAACGCCAAUGCCGUUACAUAUUGAGACCACGAACCUCGAUCGACCGGGCUCGACCCCUGCAGGCUUGUCGAGGAGCGCUGCCCUCCGUGUCUCUUCCGCUAAAGGUCUGCUGGAACGUCGGAAGCAACGUCGGAGUCUUCACGAGGGUCAAUUGGCUGACCUCAGCGCGUUGACCAUCGACACUGACCCUUGGUUCAACAACUUCAGCCCGACUGGCAUCAGUCCUGAACAUUCACCAACGUUAGGCCCAUUGGCUCCGGAACGAGCCAGCCCUGAAACCGCUCGAAGAGGUUUACGGACCAGCAGCAGAACCAGGAGUCGACUUCGUGGUGGAGAUUCUGACUACCAAUCUCUUGAUUCACCCUUUCCUCCAUCUCUGUCGAGGAGGAAUAGCCGCACGCCACUUGUUCCACCAAAGUCGCUGCCCACACCGCCACUGAGUCAGAAGAACCCCACUUCUGCGCACAGUAAUCUUCCUUCAACAGCAUCUUCGGUGGCUGAACUCGCCCAACUGGAAUAUGAUCCCUUCAUGCAAGAUGCUUCGCGACGGCAUCAACAAUUCCUCGUAAAAGAGAGCCAAGCAAACACUGAGCUAGAGAGACUGCAAAUUUUCAUGGAGUAUAUUGUUGAGGAGUCGAAGAUCCGCCGGCAACAUUGUCCAACUCCAUUUGCCGAUGGGACCUUUAACCCGGAGGAAGCGAAACAGCGGCUUUUCAGUGAUCUUGGGAAGACCGGUCAUGUCGAGGUACGAGCUACGACACCCCGCAGAAUGCGAUCACCUAUGCACGGGAUGCGGAUAGAUCCGCCUCAACACGGGGAAAUGUGGUCAAAGGAAUACCGCCCAGAACUCUCACCGAUUGCUAGUAUGAGUAACGAUGAACUCAGUUCCCGUGGUCGAACGGCUAGCCGAUGGUGGCAGUCACAGACUGGUUCGGAAACAGAUUUUGCGCCGAAUAAGAUGAAGAGGUCGAAGCGGGAAUCCAAAUAUAUGGGUCUCUCUACCAUCUCGGUGCAGGAAGUGUUGUCCGAGGCCGCCACACCAACCAAUAUCAACGAAGUAUACAGUUCGACAGAAGGCUAUCCCGAUGAGAAGGCCAAUCCGCAGACGUUCGGCUUCUACGAGGACUCCGAGCCUCUACCGGUGCAGGAGACGACCCCACCAAAUCCAUUAUCUCCAGCGGGCCUCGAUAUUUCACGGUUCAUCACUCUGCCUCCACCAUAUCCGCGACACUACCCUGCGGUCAACAACAGUCAUCCAAAUUUGGCCUCGUAUCGCAAGCUCGUCCGGACACUCAGCGACUUGAGUGAGUUACAGAAUAGGAGAUCACGACAUAACUUAAGCGUGGAGGCUCUGAGGACCGAACACAAGCGCAAGAUUGCCGAGGGACAGAAGAACUUCAGGACCAAUAUCUCAGCCCAGAUCAAUGAGGGCAGUAUCACGUAUGCCGAAGCCGCAGAAGCCGAGCAGGCGCUCAAAAUGGAGGAGAAUUUGUCCGAGAAAGCCUGCCUGCAAGCGGAGUUUGAUACGUUGCAGGAUGUGGUAAUCAACCCGAUGCAUGAAAUGCUCCAUGAUCGUGCAACGCAGCUCAGUGCCCACAUGACGGCAUUGACCGAGCAGCUAGUGGCAGACAUGCAGGCCUCCGACCUCGAUCGACCACAGCAGGAGGGGGAUGCCAUGCCUGAAAUAUUGGAAUAUCUGACCCAGUUGAAGUGGUUGUUUGAGACGCGGGAAACUGUCCAUAAGGAAAUAUUCGACCUACUCACCGCUCGAAACGACAAAUACAAAGCCAUUGUGCUUCUGCCUUACCACCAGGUCAGCAAUCUCGAAAAGAUUCGAGACACGGAGGAUUUCUUCAAUCGCGACAGUGCGGAGCGACACAAAGCCUUUUAUGAAGAAGCACUGGUACGCUAUCAGAGCUUCGUCGAUCUCGUUGCAGAACAUGUUCGGGACGAAGUCCAACUGCAGUCGUCUGCAUUUUGGGACAUCGCGCCAGGACUGCUGGAUCUGAUCCACAAGAUUCCCGAUGACCUGGAUCGAAUGGGCGCCAUUUUGAUUCCUGAUGCCGAAUAUGAAGAGAACCCCGAAUACCGUCAGUUUCCACAACAAUACCUUUUCACAUUGCUCGAUCACGCGGAGAAAUCGACGUAUCAGUUCAUUGAAUCCCAAAGCAAUCUCCAUUGUCUGCUCCAUGAAGUCAAACUCGGCUUAAUUGCGGCAACAUGUCGAGCUGCCGAAGCAAAGCGAGCUCGCGCCGAACUGGAUGGGCCCACGUCAGGAGAGGAUCCCAAGAAAAUUCGAGACGAGCAAGAGAAGGCGGCUACCGCAGAGUUGAAGCAGCAAGUGGCUAUGAUUGAAGAGCAGUGGCUCGAGGCGCUGGGGAGUGCCUUGCAAGGAAAGCAAGGACAGGUAAAGAUGUUUUUGGAAAGUGUCGGUGGAUGGGAUGAAUCUAUACAGGCCGCUGAAUAG